GCUUCAAACUACCAAGAUACUGGAGAUGCUACCCUGUGAUAUCACAAGAUUUUAAAUACCAUGAGUAAAUCAUACUUGCUCCUGAAAGUAAGUUUCUCAGCUCUUUGUGGCCUCUUUUCUACACCUGUUGGCACUCUUGAGCUAAUUUAAUGUAGUUUCACUACUGAGAUCAUUACCUAGAUUACUAUUUCCUCUGAUUCUCUAAUACAGUGCUGUAGUCAAGGCUGUGCUCUAACAGCGCCCGGUCGUCUGAGGCAACUAACAUUUAGCUUCGGGCAACUGAAAAAAGGUUCCCGGUCACCCGGCCGGGCGCUCUUGCUUCUGGUGCAGUCUUCAGUUAAGCAGGCAGAAAAAUCUAACAUACUAGUGUUGGCUUGUCGAGUCAGAGUUUACUAAACCCUACAGAAAAUGUUUUUACGAGUGUUGUACGAAAGAAACAGGCACGUUUCGAUGUUCAAAGGUUGUUCUGCAUGAUUUCACAUGUAACAUAAUCCAUCACUUUGAACGUGACAAGCAGCACAGAUUUCAAUUUGUACCGCUUCUUAAAAUAGUUUUUUAAAAAUUUUUCUUUCAGAUAGAAUGGUUCAUUAGGUACAGUUUUUAGGAGAAGCUGUCAAUGCUUUUCUGACAGACGUAAAGCGCGGCUGGUGACGCGGAGUAAUUUAUUUUUAUGUAAAUGGAAGUUGCUGUAUUGACCAGUAUGCAAAUGUAAUGUUUUUACAGUUUUUGGCUGCUAUAUCUUCUUGGCCAAAACAUAACUUAUGAUUGUUUAAGAUAAAGAUUUAUAAAAAGAAAAGAUAUGAUCAUUCUGAUCGUUUUUAUUGUUGUUUUACAAACAGGGCAGUUCCACGUUGUCUUGGCAUUUUACGUAUCGAAAACUAAAUUCGCAUGCAUGCAUAUACUGAACAAGUCGGCGGCAUUGCUCACGUAUCUGGUUUUAAAUCUGAAUGACAUGAAAACUUUGACAGUACUCCAGUUCAAGUGACAGGGAUGAUCAAAUGGGGGCAAAAAUCAAAUCAAAACCCAAAAAAAUCGCAUGCCGAUUUUCCGAGCCAUAAAAAUUUCCAGAGCAACUACACGGCCAGGAUAUGCAGGAAGUAUCACGAAUCUUCAGAUUGUUUUGAAUACCCGAAAAAAUUCCUACUUAAAUCGAGCUACUCCAAAAAAUACAUGCCAAAAUUUUCCUACCCAAACAAAAUCCUUCAAUCAAAAAUUUCAAACCCUACAAAAUCCUUCGAUCAUUCCUGUCAACUGAAAUCUGGAGUGUCCCCCCCUGGGUCAUGGACCCAGGCACUUAUAAACACUUCAUACUGGCCUUUGUGAAGCAGACACCUCAAUCUUCCAGGUGGACACUUUUCCUUGGUCACAGGAUUGACUCUAUAAAUAAAGUAGCUUUGACAUUAAGUAAUUUAUUGAUUAGUUUUUUUUAAUUGUUAAAAAGUUUUCCAAUGUGGUGAUCUUGUAAAUUAUAUUUACACUGAAUCCAUCAGGAAAAUAAGUCACUUUAAUUUUCAGAGAACAAAAACCUUGUACCAGAAUAUAAUUUAAAGAAUAUCACAUUCUUUUUUACAUUUUUUAAGGGCUAAAGAUGUAAUUAGUCAUCUGUAGCCCCAGAAAAUGAAUGUCAAAUUUCACAAAAUUACAUCUUACACAUGAAAUUUUCAGAAUUUUACCUGUGUUUUCACAAUUCUUGUGAAAUUUGACUUUUAAUUUCUCAGGCUGCCAUGAAAAACUUUCUUUGGUGUUAUUACUGAUGACUAAUUACUUCCUAAGGGCGUGGAAAAUGUAAAAGAGAAUGCAAUAUUCUUUAAAUUAUUCUGGUACAAGGUUUUUGUCCACUGAAAAUUAAAAUUACUCAAUUUCCUGGUGGAUAUCCGUCUUUACACUGUUAGGGGGAAUCUUUAACCGAGCCUCAAUGGCACAGCAUCAAGACCUUAAAAGAAAAGGAGGUGCUGAUCCUGAUCAUCAAACAGCAAGAGAACAUGAUGCUCUGCCUCCUCCUCUAAGUAUUAAAGUACCUAAAAUAAGAGAUCUUCAAAACAAGUCAAAACCAUGGAGUGAUGUCCAGCUUCCUGUUGACAUUCUCUUGUUGACAGUGGAAGACUGUGAGUUCUUGGCUUGUUAUAGAUACUUGACAAAUGCCUUUAAAAGUUAUCAUGUGAACCUUGGACAUGUGUACUUUGGGACAAUGGGUGAAAGUGGAGAGGAGUCACUGAAAGUUGCUUUGAUGAGAUGUUCUAAAGGUUCUUCUGGUCCAAGUGGUUCUUUAGUUACCAUCAAAAAUGCAGUGGUGCAAGUGAGACCCAAAGCUGUGUUUUCUGUUGGCUGCUGCACAGGUUUUAACCAGAAAGGCACCAACUUAGGAGAUGUGGUUGUAUCCUCUACACUAACAACUGAUGAAUUCACAACCCCUGUAAGAAGGAAUAUUGCCAACCUAAUCAGAUUUUCAACUGAAGGAUGGAAUCCACCAUUAAAAGAUCCAGCAGCUGGAGAACAAGUACAGGUACACCGUGACAGCAGCAUAUUGAGUGGCAUUAAUGAGCCAGCCAUUGCCAAACAGCGCCGUAAGUCAGAGUCUCAUAUGAUUGCUUCUGAAAGAGAAGGGGAAGGUAGGAUUUUGUACAAAUCACUGUUUUUAUAGCGGAGUGUCCGUGCACGCAGCGUGCAGUGGAGCCCCAUAGGUAUCAUGGGAAGGGAUAGCAAAUGGAAACCUAUUGAUGCCAGAAAAUUUGGUUAUGACGUCAGUGUACGCCUGAAUGACCGUCCGUAUGGACUCUGGGAGUAGGGGUAAAAAAACUCAGUAGGGUAGGGAAGUGAGUCCCAGACAUGCACGUUGCGUUUCAUUUUGGCGCAAAAUUAACCAUUUUAGGGGCAACGAACAGAUUUGGACGAGAAAAAAUCUAGAUUUAAGUUUCUUGUGUCCAACUGACGACAACAUUUUUGCAAAUAAAUUUGUUAAGCUUUUUAUUGCUUUAUGCUCCGUAACACUCCAGGAACAAUCAAGUCUACCCCCUCCCCCCUUGGUCAAAAUUUUGACAGUUGAUUCAUGAAUGAAAACUUAUGCAACAUCUAGAAAUUUGUUUGCUGACAGACUUGCCGACAACGGGAGCCUAUUUUUCAUUUCAGUUAACUUUUAAAAUUAUUGUUUUCUUGUCUGGAUCUUACCAUCACAAAAUGGAAUACAACUCAGCUGUCGAGUUUCUAUUUCUGUUUUUGGGUUUUUGUCGAGGAAAGUGCUGCAAAGAGAUUUAUUGAUGGCUGCCUUUGUGAUAGUUCAUGCGGAAUCUUACAGCAGACUACAGGAAAAAUCUUUUUAACAUUUCAAAGUUUUAGUCUUCGUGUUCUUCCACCGGCUGCCAAGAAAUGAAANCUUGGUCAAAACUUUGACAGUUGAUUCAUGAAUGAAAACUUAUGCAACAUCUAGAAAUUUGUUUGCUGACAGACUUACCGACAACAGGAGCCUAUUUUUCAUUUCAGUUAACUUUUAAAAUUAUUGUGUUCUUGUCUGGAUCCUACCAUCACAAAAUGGAAUACAACUCAGCUGUCGAGUUUCUAUUUCUGUUUUUGGGUUUUUGUCGAGGAAAGUGCCGCAAAGAGAUUUAUUGAUGGCUGCCUUUGUGAUAGUUCAUGCGGAAUCUUACAGCAGACUACAGGAAAAAUCUUUUUAACAUUUCAAAGUUUUAGUCUUCGUGUUCUUCCACCGGCUGCCAAGAAAUGAAAUACAGCUGCUAUCAAGAUUCUUCUGUUAUUCGAACCUGUUUUUUGUUUAUUUGGUUUGGCUCAAGGAGAGCUUCGCUAUGGGAUUUCAAUAAAAGUGAAAGUUGAGCAUGCAGGAUUUUACAGCAGAGUAGAGGAAAAGUUUUUUUACCUUACUUAAUCGCUUUCAGAAGCUACAUACAAGGUUAGGCCGAGUAAUUAUUACAGUUUUUGCCUCGUUUUAGUUUUGUAAAGUCAGGCGUAAUAUUAUUAUUUCAUGUCAUAACAUGCAGUAUUAAAGAAUUGAAAAGAUUUGCGACAGAGCUAGACUGACGAUUUCAAUGGCCUCACACAGGCUUAAAUUAAUUUUCUGGUUGCAAAUGGAAAGAGAAAGGUUUUAGAGAAUACCCAGUUGUAGUGGUUGCUGGUAAAAAAUAACGAUAACUAGUGAAAAUCUUGCUUCGAAACUUGUUCCGUCUAUUUUAAACGCCAAAAGCUGGCUAAAACAAAUGAUCAAACAAACACAGUACAAAUAGUCCGGAAACAUUUCACUCGGUCACUCUCAGACUUGCUGUCUGACAAAGAUGUUGUUGUUGUACAUCUAUCGUUGAAGUUUUAUUCAUGUUUUGAUUGUGAGGUAUAAUUUUGCGAGGUUUAAUACGGCUUUUUUUUCUUUCGUGGACUGUCAGCUGGACUGUGUCUGAAUGAAGCGUGAAUGAAAUGUCUGAAAAUGGCUUUUAAGCUUAAAAGCAUGGCGUGCAAUUUGUGCCUGUGUUAAUUGUUCCUUCUUGCCGAAAAGAGAGAACGUGUAAGAUUUGUCAAAUAUUUUAAUGACAGACUCGUGACUUUGCUGUAGUUUAUGCCUUGCGCACAUCUAGCCACAUUAUUAAAAACACACAACAUGCAAAGGGCAGUUUGUGUAGGGGGAAAUAUUAAAAAUUAUAAGUUUAUCAACCUUCUUGGGUCUUUUCGGACACAAAAAGUCUAACGGUUACUGGGUAUCAGAUACUAAAGGGUACAUGUAGUUACACUUAACGAUUUGUCAGUCCGAUUUUGCAAAGAAAACACAUUCUAUAAACACAAAAAUUGGCCUAAUUUAACAUUUGGGUAGCAUCUUGUUGAGACGGAAAGAUUGACGUAUAAACAUAAACUGUGAACUGGACGCAGCCAAAGAGUCUUGUGAAUGACAACCAGGAAACAAUAAAUUUCAUGGGCAAUAAACUUCUGAAAAGGGUGUGGUGAGGGGGGGAGGGGGGACAAUGAUGCAUACGUAUGGUAAAGAAUUCUUUUCCCUGUUACUGUGAUAGAAUUUGAUUUAUAACUUUGGUUUUAAAAUCAGUAUUAAUUUCUGGAUUGCAAUAGGUUGAACCUUAUUCAUUUUAAGUAAUAAUAAUAAUUUUAGGUAUAUAUGCAUUGUUUGGAAAUUAAAUAUUAUUUUACUAGCUUGCCUGACAUUCAUGAGUAAAAGCCUGACUAUGGUACCACAGUAUGUCAUUGGUAACUACAUGUUGGAAUAUAAUUAUUAGCUGUGUUGUGAUGUAUGACGGUGGUGUGUGACAAAGCUCCAUGUAGAUGCCAUAGUGUCAACCAUGUCUGAUCAUCUUGGUGUUACAAUGCUUGCUACAAAUUAAGAAACUUUCAGUUAUUUCACUUACUUUUAACAGUAAUGUUCAUGUUUAAUAAUAAAGAAAUUAAGUUAAAAUUCAUGCUUUGUGUUUGUCAGGUUCAACCACCACCUGCAAAAUCUCAUUUUGUUUUGUCUUUGUCUUUUCUUUCCAUUUAUAGGACUGUUUGCUGCAGCCCAUGAUUUAAACCUUGAAUGGGUGAUUGUUAAAGGGAUAUCACAUUUUUCUGAUGAUAGCAACACUCCUAAUGAGUCCUGGAAGUCAUUUGCUUCCAUCAUGGCAGCUUCUCUUGUGUCCAACAUGUUAAAUGAUCCAGUUGUUUUUAAAGAGUGGCCUCACUAUGAAGGUAUAUAA